CCCUUCUUCCUUGUUCGUAGCGCAGGGCAGCUCACUGGGCUCUGUCAGUUUUCAAGCUGAGCGGGAGCGUGGAUAUUACCUACCCUCCACGGCAGCGCGAUUUUGCUCUGGCUUGGCUGAAGUUUUCCCGCAGAUAAGAGGGAAAGGGGUGGGGAAGACAGAUUGCCCCGAGGACAUCUCUCUGGCAGGACAUGGAGUGCCUGACCCUGAGUGCCAAGAUGGCAGCAGUUCACGAGGGAACUCUCAGAGGAGAAAAUCAAGACCAGACCACUAACAGGCCAACAGAGACCAAUUCAGAGGUGGACACAUCAGCAUCACCCUCAGUGGCUCAGCUAGCAGGGAAAUUCAAAGAGCAAGCAGCCAGUAUCACUGGAAAAGAGGUACCACCACAUAAGCCAACUCGGAGGAAACCACCAUGCUCCCUUCCACUGUACUCCAACAAAACCGAGACAAGCCUCAACAACGAGCAAAAGCCAUCUCCAAAUGCUUGCCCCAUUCCCAAGGUCAAGGUGAAAAGCUCCCCCAUGAUUGAAAAGCUGCAGGCCAACCUGGCUUUUGCCCCAGCUGCUCUGCUGCCGGGAGCAUCUCCCAAAAGCCCUGGUCUGAAAGUCAUGGUUUCUCCGUUCAGCACCCCUCCCUCCACCCCCAGCAGCCCGGGCACUCAGCCGCAGCCGAGUGAAGCGAAAGAGACGCCGGUCAGCUUUGAUCAACCCCCCGAAAGCACUCAGCUGCAGUUCUACAACAAGGUGCGGACGCGGGGAUCAAUAAAGCGUCGGCCUCCCUCCAGGAGGUUCCGAAGAUCUCUGUCUGACUACGGAGACGGGGAAGAUAUAGGGCUCAGCAUCUCCUCUCCAGAAAACGGUGCUAAAGAAGACGGGGAUGAGGUGUUUGGGAAUAAGGGCAAGACAGAAGAGGCUGAAACAGGGAACAAAGAGCUAAAGAAACAGAUGGGGACCGAUGAGAAGCCCCCAUCGAGGAGAGGAUCCAGCAGAUCAGAAAAUGAAGAAAAAGGGGAAAAACAGGCAGAAGAAACGACUCCUUGCAAGAGUAAUGUGGGGGAUACAGAGGAGAAGGAGGUGUCUCAUGGUGCCCCAGGGGAGGAGAACUCACACCAGCCUCCCUCUGGAGACAAGGAGGAGAAGGUGUGCGAGGGUCCCCAGGGACGAGAGGAGGAAUGCAGUGCCUGUGAACAGGAAAAGGGAGACAAGGAGAAAGAAGGAACCGAAACGAAAGAGACCAGUGAGAGCACAGACACACGGAAAACAUCAGACACUGAAGAAACACCACUGGCACCUGAACCACAGCAGGACGCAGUGGGUUUAGAGACUGCAAGUGAGCCUUCAGCAUCCCCCACGCAGGACCAGGGCACAGAGUAACCAUGACACGCGUUAGAAGGACAUACCCAAUCAGGACACAGAAGAUGAUGUGUGAACAGGAGCCGUCUAACCCAAUCAAGGUGGAAGCCACUGGAAAACCUUUGGCAGGAGACAAGUAGAAUAUGGAUAUCCCCUGAGGUCCAGACUGAUCCCAGAGCUGAGUGGCUGCUCGCUGGCUCUGUGCUUUGCACCUUUGUGACAGUCAGAACAAGAGACUGGCUUACAAUUGCUUCAGAAUUCAAAACUGAGGUGCUGGCUGAUGUCCCUAGGUGACUGCUGGGGACUGAGAGACCUGAUGUGUCCUGUCCCGGACCCAACAGCCACCGCCACUCCUGGGCCCUCUCUUCCUUAUUCCUGCUGAGCUCCAAAAUGUCAUUUUCUUCUCCCCUGCAUUGGUCUUGGAUGAAGUUCAUCAGCUACAUACAUAUGUGUAUGGUGCCUUUUCAGUAGCUUCUUUUGAAAUAUUCUGGGUUUUCAAACUUCAGUAAAUAAUGUUUUAACAGUAGGAAAAAAGAAAAAGUAUGUUUUCUCCAUGCAUGCUGUAUGGCAGACAAUGUGAAUCCUAAAUACGGGGAAAACUCUUAGGAAAUUGUUCGCAAAGCAUAAAAUGCUUUCAAAGUGGGGGUUGAGCUGGCUAAUCUGUGAAACGCGCAGUCAUGGUAGGCAAUUUUUGCGUGCUUCAACUUUGGGGUGUUUUUAAUGCGGGUGAAAAGUAACAACCAACAGAUUUGAGGCACAGAAAAGAUGCGCUGUGUAGGUCAGUAGGGCAAGUUCUCUUACCCAGCACUGUGCUCCAGUCCUGAUUCAGGAAGGCCACCUGUCUGUCUGUCUGUUUUACUUCGAGGCCCUGUCCCAACUUUUGAUUCUCUUUUGAAACUUUGAGUGUGUAACCACUUGAUGCCAUCUGUGACAGAAAGCAUCCUGGCUUACUAGAAACAGCCAGUUAAUUUUAUGUAAUCAAAGAAGAGGCCUUAGAUGGCUGAGAUGGUUCAAAUCAUGUGGCCUGUCUGUAUAUGAAUGGGUGGGGGACAGAUGGCCAGUCCCUCAUGAGAACGUCAGAUUGGCAUUGUAUUGGAUUUGUGUUCACUCUUGGAGUACUAGUUAAGUCAUGGUACUAACGUUUGCUAAGAUAAAAAAGCUUCUGCACUUAGAGAACUUGAAAUCAGGGAAAGAAAACAGGUCCUUACCCUCCUGGCUUCCUGACUAGUGCUUGAAGCUGUGUCUGUAUUACUGAAUACAAGGCUGCUGUGCCUCAGGGCUGUGGGACUCAUGUCCGCAGUGAUUAAGCGUAGCCCCUCCGCAGCUGGCUGCCCUUGGGGACAGCUGGCCACCAGUGGCCAAGGCCGAACCGUGGAGUCAGCCAGCUGUCAGGGCUGUGAACGGUUUGGGGCCAGCCACACAGAAUUCAGCAGUACAGACACAGCUGUAAGAGACCAAAGACAGGAGUCAGGAAGCUCUUCUUCAUCGUUCACAAAGCUCCUCCUAGCAAACGUCAAGCUAAGCAGAGUUGGAGGCUUGUGUUGUCCCUGUCCCUAUGAGCAGGCACAAGUAUUUUACACAACACAGCCCACAUCCUUCCUAGGCUGGACUCUGAAGCAUGGCACUGUUACAAACACCAUGGGUCUAGGGGAUAUCCCCUUUCUGUUCACCAGCUCUGAAGUCACAAAGAGAAGCCCCUAUGCCCUGCCUUUUUUUCUUCCCAGGUGAGAGCGCCCAUCGAGAGCCAGCAGUGUUGCCCUUGACGCGUAGAACAGGCUUGUUGGCAAACAUGACCCCCACACCCUCUUGAGCCAUGUUGUGGAGUAUUGUUGCCUUUGGAUCUAUUUUAAUCUGUUUGUUAAAGCUUGUGUUCCAGGGCAGGCUGCAAUCAUUCGCUGUAACCUGUUUCCUCUCUCAGCAGAGUGUCCCACCUGGAUGUGAGUGAUUGUGCCUUACUGUAUAUAUCGAUACCUGUGUGCCUGUUUAGAGAAUGUGUCCCUAGCAAGGGAGUGGAAAUCUGAGGGAGAAACAGAAGAAAUAAACGGUGGAAUAAAAACAAAA